CUCUUUCUUCGUUCUUUCAACUUUCUUAUCUUCUAAUAUACUCAUCACGAUUUUAGAAUCCAGAUAUCAAUUCGAAUUCCAUCUAAUCAUUCGAUUUCGACCUCAUUUCUAUGGCUGGGUUUUGUAAAAGGUGUGGUGAUAUCAUCAGAGGUGCUGAGACGCGGUGUAAAUGUGGUGGAAGUAGUGCAUCUUCACAAGUCUCUCGUGCUUUAUUCGAACCUACCAAACCUGAUCGUUGGCUCAAGACUUAUGGCGAAAAACGUAACUCGAUCUCCAAUAACACACGAGCUCAAACUACUCAACCAUCCGAAGUAAUUCAACUACCUAAAUCAUCUGCCCCUGUUCCUAUCACUGCGAAUCAAUCUACUCCAAAUCGUAAAAGUCUCACUGCUCAAGAUAUGAACAUCACAUCAAUUCCACUUCGAAUCGUAACACCACCUACUCCACUCAAAGAACCUCAACCAUCUACACCCUCGGAUCCUACCCCCAAACGUGGAUUAUCAGUCAAAUCAUCAGCAAGGGCUCACGUACGCUCAUUAACUGCCAACAUACCCGAUUCGAUUGAUCUAUCAGCAGCCGAAGAAGAGGUUUUAACCAAUGUGUUUGGUUCAGUUCUUGAUCCAAACGAAACGAGAGGUCGAUGUGGGGCUUGCUCAGAGGUUUUCAAACGAGAAGGUAAAAUUUACCCGGAUCCCAGACGUGAUGAUUUAUCAUCAGGUGAUUGGGCCGGUGUCUUUUAUUGUCGUAAUUGUUAUAUCAAACUCUUUAGUCGUGGGAAUUGUACAGCUUGUGAGAAAGUCGUAGUGGGUGAUGAAGGUUUUAUUCAACUUGGGAAAGGUGGUUCUCGUGGUUUUUGGCACAAGAAAUGUUUCAAAUGUGUACACUGCUCGAUAGAUAUCUCAGCCUCUCCCUCAGUAAACUUAGGAGGUGAUCCGUGUUGCGAUGAAUGUUUCGAUCGACCAACGAGAAAAUCCGCAACAUCGAUGGUUACUGAUAUUCCAGAUCUUCGUGACAAACCUAACAUCAAAAGAACUAUGGAUUCACCAGCUACUAAGGCUUUGAGACCAGCAGUUGAAGAAUUGAGAAGUAAGCUGCAAAAGGCUGGAAUCGAGAAAGUCCCUACACCUGCACCGAAACUCUCAGCUUCACGGUCAAUGAGUCCAGUGACUCACAAUCGUCUACAACCUACUAGUCCCCUUCCGACCUCGGCUUCCACGGGUACGAUCACCCGUAAUCAGCUACAGCCUACUCGACCACUCUCAAUUUCACCUACGCCACUAGUUACCCAUAACCAAUUCACUCGUCCUCGACCACUAUCGACUUCUGCAUCAGCUAGCAUAGCGAAUGACGUCCAUAGACGAACUCCUCGUCCGCUCACCACUUCAUUUUCAGCCAACACAAUGGCCUCUGAUCGCUCCUCACCAUCUCUUCCACGCUCCUCCUCACCCUUGAAGAGUUCUGUCCCGCUGUAUCCUCUCAAACCUACUCGUCCACUUUCAAUUAGAUCUUUAGCAAGUCCCAUGAAGCCGCGUCAAAGCAGUGCCACUAUGACAGACAAGAACGCGAGCAUACCGAAUAUUAAAUCAUCUACCCGUGCACUGCCACUCUCACCUUCGACAAAUCCGAUGUGUACGAAGUGCUCAUUACCUCUCUUCGCUUCUCACGCACCUGGUGCAACAACACUUGCAACCUUACCUACGACCGGCGAAACCUUUCAUUUGGAAUGUUUAAGGUGUGAUGGAUGUGACGGAGGAUUCGAAGAAGGUAAAUAUGUACUAUAUGACGAUUUGAAAUUGUGUGAGAGGUGCGUUGAGAUUAAAGAGGUUCAAGCAGCUGAACUUAGAUUAAAAGAAUUAAGGGAGAAGAUUGGACAUCUUCAACCAUCAUUUCCCGUAGUAGGAGGUGCACUCAUAGCAGCUAAGAAAGUAUCAAGCUCACCAUUCCUAUCAACUUCUGAAAGUUGUAUUGGAACAGGAGGGGGAGGAGGAGGUAUAGGAAGAAGAUUAGGAGGACAAAGUGUUUGUCCAGGCUGUUUGAAACCAGGUACGAUUCAAGAAACCAAGAUUGGACCUAUGAAUCAAAGAUGGCAUACUAGAUGUUUGAAAUGUGAAAGGUGUGGUAAAGCAUUGGAUUCAGGUGCUAAAACUUUUCAAAGUUCUGGAAAAGUUGGAUGUAGAGAUUGUUUAGAUAAGGAUAGAGUUGGUGCUAGAAGAUUUGGUUACUACUAGAAGAUGAUUGAAAUUGAAUUUAAUGAUCAAUGAUGUUUAUUUUUCUUUUCUAUAUUGCUUAUAAGAUGAAAUUUCUUGGGUUGCUUGUAGCUAUUGUUGAUUGAACUAUGUAACAAUUAGAGAAGAUCUCUUUAAUAAUAGGUGUAUGUGCAUGUGUUUGUGUGUGUAUAGAUGGUUUUGCAAAUUCUUAUGAAAUCUUGUCUUCUUUAAUUAUGUCAGUUGUCUUGGGAUGGACGUUGAAAUUUAUGAAUUUUAAUACAUUUU